UUAUUGAACGCACCCCACUUCCUCAAUGUGCUCGGGCACUUCAGCACAGUCUGUUGUGUGUUAGUGACAUGUUUUUAGAGUUGCUUUUUAGGCACCAUAGUGUAAGGUAAGGUAGGUUUAAAUUGUGUUUUCGGUUAUUUUAGCCACAACCAUUUUAAUGCUAUGAUAAUGAAACAUUUAAAGUGGCAGAGCAGCUGCAGUAAAUCACGCUACUGACGCUAGCCGAUGUAGCCAUGGAUGUAUAAAGAGAGUGUAACCAAGGAAACAAAAAACCGGAAAAUACACAAACGGCUGAUGGCGCGGUAACGUUACGUCGAUUGUUGUGAAAUAUGGCUGAUUAUAACGCAAUGACAAAAACAAGACCCAACUCCUUCGAGUCUCCAGCUGAAUCCCCUGAAAGCAUGGGAAGCACCAGCAGGGGGGUGAAUGCAUCUCCUUCCUGUUACUCAGAUGUGUUGAACGCAUCACAAACAGGAUAUGCUAAGAAGGAAUUUAUUAUGAUGGCACCUGAAGAAAAGCUCAAACACUUCAACAGACGAGCUCAGGCCUGUGAAGACAACCAAGAGUUUGAUGCUUGCAUACAGGACCUGGUGCGUUGUGUGGCUUUGACUAGGCUGGUUUAUGGGGAUGGACAUCUGAAACUAGCCCAGGCCCAUGCCAGACUGGCUCAAGCAUAUUUCCAAUUCAACGGCUGGGGACUGCAGGCCCAGGAGCACUCGGCCCUGGCCAGAGAUCUGCUUCCUUUCUGCUCCUCCAUCUCCUCUGGCAGAGGUGAAAAGCAUGAGGUUCUCCUGUGUCUUCUGAACAUACACCUCAUUCAGGGAGGCGCUUCACUGCUGACAGUCAAUCUCGAGGAGGCACAAUCCUCUUUUCUUGAGGCAGAACAAGUUCUUGAGGAGCUUCAUCCACAGGGUGGCAUCAACCAGGAAGAGAAGAUGAGGACUGAGCUGGACAUCUCCACUGGUCUAUCCAGGGUCUAUAGGAGACAGAACAGACCAGAGGAUGCAUUAAGGCAGUGUGAGAAGUCUCUGCAAGUGCUGAAGGACUGUGGUAAGCCAGAGAAGACAUGUUCCGUCUACAGGGACAUGGCUGCCAUCGAACAGGACAAAGGUCAUUUGGACCGAGCCAUAGAGCAUCUCUCCAAGGCUCAUGCCAUUGCUAUGAGUCACAGCCCAGAGGAGCUGGAGGGGGCUCAGAUCUGCCACAGCCUGGCUCUCCUCCUUUCUGCUGCAGCAGAGCCCCGUCACAAUGACUCUGCAGGUCUCUACUUUGAGCAGAGUCUAAGUGCGUACAAACACUGUGCAGGCCCUCAGGAUCCUGCCUUUCUCACGGCCCAGGAUGAUUUCUGUCGUUUCCUCCUCCUCAGUGACCAGCAAGAGAGAUGUGUGGAGAUCCAGAGAGCUUCUCUUGCGACAAAGAGAUCUACUUUUGGUGAUCUGAGUGCUGAGGUAGCAGACACCCUUCAGCUGAUAGGAAGUGUGGAGAUGAGUGAGGGCAGGGUGAAGCAGGCCCAUAGGACCAUGACAAAGUGCCUGGAGAUCCAGAGUUUGUUGUACGGUUCUCAGCACAAGAAGACAAAAGCUACACAAAAAGCUGUGGACAUGCUGGCCCGGGCCCCAGAGGUGGCUGAGAGACAGAAGAGGCGAGGUAGAAGGAAAACAAAUCAGACACAGUCAGUUGCACCAUCCGCUGGCAAUGAUGGACACUCAAUGUCUGACUCCUAAAAUGUAAAUAGUUGAUUAUUUUGUCAGAACAAUGCAGGUUUGGAACGGAUAUUUGUCUACUGAUAUUUGUAUUUAAAAAGUUUGUCUUGCUUUUACUGUAUAUAAUAACACAGGCAGCUACCAAUGUUGAAAAUGAGCUUUAGUGACUUGAUAUAUCUACUGGAAUAACGUGAUAUUGAGUAACAUUGGUGAUAUAAGUAAGCUUUGAAGAAAUACCCACACUCAGAAAUCAUACUCACAAUAGAUUUUAAUUGUGUUAAUCAAUUUCCAAAUAAGGGCUGCAACCUUUUUCACCAAUAAGCAAUAAUGCCAAUUGUUAAAUAUAAAUCAUUAUGUCAAUAAAAGCAAUGAUGUUUGACUAACAUAUAUUGAACAUUUGACUCAUUAAACAUUCUUUAUAUAUCAAUACAUGUUCUGUAUGCUGAUGUAAAACAUUUUAAUACAAAGAAAUGGCACAUUAUCCAGAUUACACUUUGUACAUAGAUGCACAGUAACCUUGCAAAUAUUCCUAAUCAAGCCACAAGUUAAGUGCACUGAUGUACAUAUUUUAUUUCAAUUACUGCAGUUUGCAAAAUGUAUGGAAAUAUGCUGUCUCUGGGCACUUAAAUGCAAGUCUUUUUAAUUGAAGUUUCAUAGUAUUUAGUACAGUAUUUCUAAUUAUUAAGCAUUCAUGCUUAACUUUGUGUUUUUGCACAUUUCUUUAACAUGAUAGUGCCAAGAAGCCAAUCUGUGAAGAAAUUACUAAAUAGUUACAAAGUGUACAUUUUGCAGACACUUAGACAAAUGUGCACGACUAAACUGUAAUCAUAGUGGACCAUUUCUGCCUCUGCAACUAGUACGCAGCACAACAAAAUCUAAUGAGCAGUCAAUGCCGCUAAGCUGCUGAUCCAAAAAUAGUCACUCACGGUCAUGGACACACGUAUGCACGAGCAAAGGUGAAUCCUUCCUGUCAACACUGUGACGCCAACGAAUGCUUACGAGCCAAAAGGCGUCCAGACAAGACAUACUGUACAUCAAACUACAUGUGAUUAUAGGUUCAACACUAUCACUGUUUCCUUUGAAUUAAUUACAUUUCUUUUACUCCGUCCUUUCAUCUUAGUAUUUCCUUCUAAAAUUGACAACCCUAUUUUAGUGUUCUAAUCUAAAUGGUAUGAUUUGCCAUUAUAAGUUCCCAGCUCCCUAACUACAUGUUUGCUGUUGUAAUGUAAGAUACUGACACACACCAUGUAAAGACACAUUUCACAAACCCAUUCCACAAAGAUUACAUUGAUAAUGUAACUAGGCUUUGGUUGUAUAUUAGGCAACAUUUUUUUUCUAAUUAGUCAACAUUUGCCAUUAGUUGUGAGUAAAGCUAAAUCUUCUUAAAAUAACUGAGUUAUUUAAUUCAAAGACACUUUUAAGUGUCACAUUUACAUACAACACACUUCAAUCGCAGCUUUCAGACUUGCAAAGUUUCUUAAGACAAGUUACCCUCUUUUUUUCAACACUAUAUACCAUUCACUAUAUGCUGUACACGUCACUGACCACUGCUUCAAAACAAACGACUGUGUUCCAGGAUGCAGUAUACUAAAACCAUUUUAUUUGGCAGCCGAGCCAAAGUAAAAAAGAAAAGAAUUAAAGCUUCAAUCAGCAAACAGUUCACAGCAACUCAGAACUCCAACAUUUUGUUGGCUUGAUGUGGGGAGUUGUAAACUGCAGAAUGGGCAGUUUAAGAUGUGCAGCAAGGGUCAGUACAAAAAUAUAGAAAUCUAGAGAGAAUAAAUGAACAUCUUUGAUAAUAAACGGCAUUCUGUAUUAACUGUUAACAAAUAUCAAUGCGGAAGAGGAUCAGUAUUUAACAGCAUGGUUGAAUGUUAUAACAAACGUAAACCAGCCCAUUUAAGUCCCCAUGCUGUUUUUUUAUAGUAAUAUUGCAAAAUGUAUUACCAUAAAAACAUGUGUAAGUCCGGCCAUUGUUACUAAAUAAUUGAAAUUAAUCAGUAUAAGAGCUCACCAAAAUCAAUCGGAUAUAUGUUUAACUGCAAAGCCUUAGAUCAUUAUUAUAGUGUCUGCAUUAAUGCUAUGUGUGUGGACUGCUGUGUUAAAACAACCGC